CCACGCUGCCACUGUCUCGCUUUGAGAAACGUUGCGGGCGCAGAACUGUUACUGAGUGAGACAGAAGUGUGAACGAGUUCAGAAACAAUCCCAUCGUCACGAGGCAGACAAGAGAGAAAAAUCUACCAUUUACUGUAAUGUUUAAAUGGAUGUGAAAGAGGAGACGUGUGAGGCUGACAUGAAUAUCAUGGAGGAGAGGACCAUAAAUGUUAAGGAGGAGGACUGUGAUUGGGAGAGUGUCCACCCCAAACAGGAGAGUCUGGACAUCAAGGAAGAGGACAAUGAACUGGGGUCAGUCAGUAUUAAAGAGCAGGAUGAAGAGGAGUGUGUCAGCACUGAGAUGGCCAGCUAUAGGAGUAUGGAGAGUGUCAAGGAAGAUGACCUUCAUUAUGGAGAUCAAGAUGGAGCAGUGACCGGGUUAGUCUCUUCUCAAAGCAAACACUCUUCAUCUCCGGAGUCUUCUAUCAAUGUAAAAUAUGAAUCAUUACAGUCUGACACAAAGACCACUGAAGGAAUUUCAUCUCCUAGGACUGAGGAAGGUCAGUCACCACCUAAGACGUCAUCUGAAACAAGAAUCAAACUUCACUGCUGUUCUGAAUGUGGCAAACGGUUUUCAAUAAGAGGUAAUCUUCAGAGCCACCAAAGAAUCCACACAGGGGAGAAGCCAUAUGACUGUUCUGAAUGUGGUAAACUAUUUUCAGAUAGAAGCAGUUUUCAGCGCCACAAAAUGAUUCACACAGGGGAGAAGCCAUAUUGCUGUUCUGAAUGUGGAAAACAAUUCUCUCACAGUAGUAAUUUUCAAAAACACAUUAAAACUCAUUCAGGAGAGAAGCCAUAUUGCUGCUCUGAAUGUGGCAAAAGGUUUUCAAAGAUAAACGAUCUUCGGAGUCACCAAGUAGUUCACACAGGACAGAAACCAUAUUGCUGUUCUAAAUGUGGAAAACAAUUCUCUUACAGUAGUAAUUUUCAGAUGCACAUUAAAACUCACUUAGGAGUGAAGCCAUAUUUCUGUUCUGAAUGUGGCAAAAUGUUUUCACAGAGAAGCAAUCUUCAGAUCCACCAAAGAAUUCACACAGGAGAGAAGCCAUAUUGCUGUUCUGAAUGUGGCAAAACGUUUUCACAGAGAAGCAGUCUUCAGAGCCACCAAAUAAUUCACACAGGACAGAAGCCAUAUUGCUGUUCUGAAUGUGGUAAAACGUUUUCACGGAGAAGCGAUCUUCAGAAACAUCAAAGAAUUCACACAAGAGAAAAUAAAAUGACAGAAACUCCCCCACCUUGCCAACAGAUGAACACAGUACAAUGCUAAGCACCAGAAGAAAGAAUGCAUGAAGUUUGAUGAAAACAAAGCUCUAAUUGGGGAAACUACAAGUAAAGUGGUAAAUACACUGUCCUCCUGCAACCACCUCAGGUGGAAACUGAACUUACUCAUGCAUGGCUUAUGAGGCUCAAACUAAGACCAAAAGUUGUACGCCUCAUCAUAGGUGCACAAAACAGUGCCUUGCACACAAAGUGGUUCAGAUAAAAAAUACACACACAAACACACAAAAAAAAAUAACCCAUAAUUGUCACUUCUGCCACAAAGAGCUAGAAACAGUUACACAUUUUGUUGCUGGGUGUGAGGUACUGAUUGCUGAAGGAUUAUACACUGCACAACACCACAAAGUGGCCAGGCUCAUUCGCUGGAAACUCUGCAAGAAGUACAACUUACCAGCACCAGAAAGACACUGGGACCACAACUCAGACCACACAAUGGAAAAUGAGGAGGUGCAGGUCACUUGUAGCACAACAAUACUGACUGAUUGAAAAAUAGAGGCCAGAAAACCAGAUGUAAGAAAUUCUGGAUAACAGAAGUAUUAGUUCCUAGUGAUAACUCAGUCCUAAGAAUGGAGAGGCAAGAAAGAAACAAAAUACAAAGAAAUGCUGUAGCGGUGCCACAUAGUGUUUAAAUGUCAGU